GGUAAUUUCCUACUACAUGACGUGAAACAAUAACCCAAGAAGAGCUAUGAAUCCUGUCACAAAAAUGCUUCGCAAGCAACGUCGGGCGCAGCACCGACUUGCUAGAGAUAUGAACAUCGAACACAGUGAUUGUCCAACAGAGUAUCUAAUGAUUUGCAAUGCCGGGUUAGUGACCGGACUUCAAAGGGAGACCAUCGAUAGUAUCCUGAAUGAAUUGGUGCCAUCCUACAAUUUGAUUACGCCCCUGAGAAAAUCUUAUUGUUUUUUGGAACUGCCAUCCAAAGAAGAUGCCCGUGUAGUGUUUGAAGCUCUUCAUGGAAACUUGAAACUUGAAAACAAAAAUACCCCAAUUUAUUUAACAUUCACAAAAAGUGUUCCACCUGCGGAAGAUGAUUCAUGGGAUAAACCUUUUCCUCCAGGGUUGAAUAUCAUUACAGAUUUUGUAACCGCUGAAGAAGAAAAAAUUUUGCUAGAACUGCUCGACUGGUCUGAAGCAGGUACGAAUCCUUCAGAGUUGAAGCACAGGCAGGUGAAGCACUUUGGAUAUGAAUUUCGGUAUGAUACUAACAGCGUGGAUCCUAAAAACCCAAUAGUUCCUAUUCCAAAAUCUUGUGAAUUUCUACUAGCUCGAUUCAAAAAAUAUGACUUUGGAGUUUAUGAUUACGAUCAACUCACCAUCAACCAUUACUUACCAGGCCAAGGCAUUCCUCCACAUGUCGAUACCCAUAGCCCAUUCGAGGCUACUAUUCUCUCCUUGUCUUUAGGAUCUGCUUGUGUCAUGGAAUUCAAACGUGGCGAGGAGAGCAGACCGGUAUUACUUCCAUCAAGAUCGUUGCUAGUGAUGUCAGGGGAGGCACGAUACGCUUGGAUGCAUGGGAUCAUGCCAAGGCACAAUGACGUGGUGAGGAACAAAGUCGGUUCAACCAUUCUCCAAAGAUCGACGAGAACAUCUUUUACGUUCCGAAAGAUUCGCACUGGAGACUGUCAUUGUAGUUUUCAAGCAAACUGCAAUUCAAAGAGAAUAAGGUCUCAUUCGUCAGUCAUUUAUGACAAUCUGGCUUCUGACAUAGAGGAUAUAUACGUUCAUCAGGUUUACGAAGAAAUAUCGGAUCAUUUCAGUGAAACACGGCAUAAGCCCUGGCCCAAAGUAACGAGCUUCAUUGGCUCGCUAGAAAAAGGAGCAUUGCUGUUAGAUGUCGGAUGUGGAAAUGGGAAAUAUCUUCACAAAAGGCCUGAUAUAUAUAAGAUGGGAUGUGACCGGAGUUCUGGAUUAACAGAUGUUUGCCAUAGCAGAGGAUUUGAAGUUUUACUGGCAAAUUGUUUGCAAAUCCCAUACAAAACAAAUUCUUUGGAUGCUGUUAUAAGUAUCGCAGUAAUUCAUCAUCUAUCCACCAACGAGAGAAGGAGACAAGCCGUUUCCGAGAUGAUCAGGGUGUUGAAACCUGGUGGACAAUGCCUAAUUUACGUAUGGGCGAAAGAACAAAAUAAGAAUUCCGUUCCAUCAACUUAUUUGAAAAAUAACAUAACUCAUAAUACCAGAACAUCGAGUGAUACCAGUGAAACGGUUAUCACCAGAGGAGGUACGAUGCUUCCCGUGCAUGAAAAUCGUACAGAAUUCACGCACUCCGAUAUGCUUGUACCAUGGAAAAGAAAAGGUGGCGGCGAUUUCCUUAGAUUCUAUCACGUCUUUGAGGAAGGUGAACUUUUUAACCUGUGUUCUGUUCUACGCGAUGUUACAGUCCUCCAAGUAUAUUACGACCAAGGCAACUGGUGUAUAAUUCUGGAAAAGAAGUGAAAUUGUCAUUAUUACGCCGCGAUAUGCGGUCAUUGUAUUUAAACAGUAAAAAAUGACAUAAGAUUAUUUAACAUA